UUUGUUGCAAUGAGAAAAAGCAUUUUCAGCCAACAAAACUAUUUUCGUGGGUAAAAAUGAGUAAAAAUAAAAGGAGGAUUGCAUGGGCGUUGUGUUGAACGAAAUAAAUAAAUAUAUUUUAGAGUGUUUGUUUGCCCCUCCCUCAUUCCCCCCCUUCCCCUCCCUUUUACCACCGGGGCGGUCUCCUCUCUCCCUUUCCCUCUUACCGCGCCUGUCGGCCCUUUGUCGCCGCCGUCAGUCCGUCGCCAUCAAUCACCAUCAAAAUCAAUGGACAGAAGAAAUUGAUCCCAUACCAUCAAAAAAAAGGGGAUAGAGGGG